AUGUUGUGCAGUGGGUACUCGUUGAUGCGUGAUCCGAGAUACAACAAGGGACUUGCAUUCACUGAUAAAGAGAGAGAUGCACAUUACUUAACUGGUCUUCUUCCUCCUGUUGUUAUCAGUCAAGAUGUUCAGGAGAGGAAGCUGAUGCACAAUCUCCGCCAGUACAAUGUUCCUCGUUACGUGGCCCUCAUGGAUCUUCAGGAAAGGAACGAAAGGUUGUUUUAUAAGCUAUUGUGGUCUUGCGUAAUUACAGGGUACUGCAUCUGUGGUGCUUGCUGGGCUUAUUGCCGCUCAGAAAUCUUGCUGCUUACGCUUUAUCUCGCUGCUUCUUUCAAGGCUGGAACCGGUAUCGCUGAGCUAAUUGCUCUUAAGAUUUCCAAAGAGACUGGAGCUCCCAUCGAUGAGACCCGGAAGAAGAAUUGGCUCGUGGACUCCAAGGGUCGUGCAAUCUUUGGUAGUGGAAGCCCGUUUGAUCCUGUUGAGUACGAUGGCAAAACUUACUUGCCUGGCCAGGCAAACAACUGUUACAUUUUCCCUGGUCUUGGUCUUGGUUUGAUCAUGUCCGGUGCCAUUCGUGGUUGUGAUGACAUGCUCCUCGCAGCCUCUGAGGCAUUGGCCGCUCAAGUUUCAGAAGAGAAUUUCCCAAAAGGUCUGAUCUACCCUCCAUUCGCAAACAUCAGACAGAUCUCCGCCAACAUUGCAGCCAGUGUCGCCGCCACAACCUAUGACCUCGGAUUGGCGUCGAACCUGCCACGUGCAAAGGAUCUGGUGAAGUUUGCAGAGACCUGCAUGUACAGCCCUGUCUACAGAAACUACUACCGUUAA